GCGUGGUGCUUGGGCGUGGUGCUUGGGCGUGGUGCGUGAGCCUGAAGAACUCCGAUUCACUAGUCGUAGAUGACAAUUCACAAAUCCCACCCAUUCUUUCUCUUCUCCAUUUGAUUCUCUCUUCUAUAUCCGUCAAUUGAUCGGUACACCUAAGCUCAGACUCGAAGGAGUGAAGUCAAAAUCGGGAAAUAUGAGCAAUUUUCGAACUAUCUGCAGACCUCACACCAUCUUCUCUUCGAUGGCAUCUUGUUGCUGGGAUCGAGUUCAUUCGAGAUUUUCCCUUGAGAAGGCUACAUCAUUGGCACUUGAAUUACUUAAUGAGCUUAUUGGGGAGCUUAAAGUGAAGCCAUGCCCAGUUGUGCUUGCAUCUUUUUCUGAUGGUUCCAAAGCAUGCAUGUACAGAUUUCUUCAGAUAAUUGAGGGGAGAUGUGGAGAUUCGCUGAACUUGGAUGAGUAUCGAUUAGUCAGAGACUGUAUUUGUGGUCAUGUUUAUGAUUCAAGUCCUGUCGACUUCACUAGUGAUUAGGGGACCCGGUUUAUUCAAAACCCAUCUGUCCUAUCACGAAUAAUAAAUGGCAUGGCUUCCCGUUUGGAUACAUUUUUCCUCAGCAGGAUAGAAUCACAACGUAGAAUCGGGGUAUCAUCCGAUUGCAACACAAUCGAAGUGAAUCGGAAGGUGUAUGAGUUUAUUGCAGAGGAUAUCUCGCAUUAUCGAAAGACUGAAGUUUACAGAAUGGUGGAAGAGGUUGGACAGCAACUGAGGAUUGCGGGUUAUGAUGGAGAUGGAUUGGAUUUGCAUAGUGAAAAGUUGGCGAUUGUUUUUGGGUUUUUGUCGACUAAUCCUGGAUUGACAAUAAGAGUUGCGAAGAAUCUGGAUGUUUGUUCUUUCAAACCAACUUUCACUUUCAUUUAUGUCAAUUGGGACUUCAAUUUGUGGGACAUUUCUGGAAUGAUUCAAUAAAUUUAUGAAUUUAUAUUCAAUUUGUCAA